UCUGUCUGUAACCGUGGGAACCGCCCUAACCAGGGGAGGAGGAGCUUAAUUUAGCCAAUUGGAUUUGCCUGACGUAAUGACAGCUAUAAAUAUACAAAUGUCACGUGAUGCCCUCCACUGUUGGUUCUGGUCGCCAUUUUCUUGUCGUCAAAAUCGGAUCGAGAACGUCCACCGAAAAAAAAGAAGGAAAACAAAAAACACGAGUCUGGCCUUGUAAGUCUUCGACUCCGAGCGGAAGGUUCGCUGCACGAGUUCGUGGACUGUCUGCUGAUCGGCGGUGAUGCUUCCGGUCAGACUCGUGUAGGUUUCUGCGGCUCACAAUUCUCGAAGAUGGAGGACGGCGCGGCGCGCCAGGACGCGUGUCGGGAGUACCAGUCCUCCCUGGAGGACCUGACGUUCAACAGCAAGCCGCACAUCAACAUGCUCACCAUCCUGGCCGAGGAGAACCUGCAGUUCGCCAAGGAUAUCGUCGCAAUAAUUGAAGCUCAAAUAACCAAGGCGCCACCCUCCGAGAAGCUCCCAGUUUUGUACUUAGUGGACUCCAUAGUGAAGAAUGUUGGAGGAGAGUACCUUGCAGAGUUUGCUAAAAACCUAGUCACUUCAUUUAUAUGUGUCUUUGAAAAGGUGGACGAAAACACGCGGAAGAGCCUGUUCAAGCUUCGCUCCACGUGGGACGAGGUGUUCCCCACAAAGAAGCUGUACUUGCUGGAUGUCAGGGUCAACUCCUUGGACCCGGCUUGGCCCAUCAAGCCGCUUCCGCCCACCGUUAACUCCAGCAUCCACAUCAACCCCAAGUUUUUUAAGCAGACAGAGGAGCCCCCCUCCCCACAGCCGGCCCCCGCUCAGCCUCCGCCGCCACCGGUCGCUCCUAAGCCGCCCAGCACUGCGGGGCAGUCCAGCCUGACCCAGGAGCAGCUGAUCCGACAGCAGCUACUGGCCAAGCAGAAGCAGCUCCUGGAGCUCCAGCAGAAGAAGAUCGAGCUGGAGCUGGAGCAGACCAAAGCACAACUUGCGGUCGGAUUCAGCCUCCAACAAGCUCCUGCAGCCCCCCCACAGGCAGCACCGAGCCCAUUCCCCAAGCCCCUUAGCCAAAGCACGCCUGUGAUCCGACCAUGGAUCCCUCCACAGCCUCAGCCUGACCCAAAGCUGCCCACCAGAGACCCCCGUCUGAACCGCCCUGCUCUGACUCCAGUUCAAAGCAAAGAGCCUCCAGUCCCCAGGAAAGAAGCCUCCCCCAGCGUCCAGAACCUCACCGUCACUCCGGAGAAAAGACUGCCAGAGAAGCCCGUGAAGCCCGAUAGAACCAGAGCCUUGCGGAAAGACACGCCAGAUGAGAAAUCAAAGUACAAAUUGCCAAAAAGCGUCCAGAACCAAAAGGAGGCGGUUGAGGCUGAACCCAAACCCCCGGAGAAGAAGGAUCCGCGGCUGAAGAAGCGACUGCUGGAGCCGAAAGACGAUGAGCCAAAGGACAAGAAGAGAAGCAGCGACAAGAAGGAGCGAGACGACGUCCCGCGCUCCAACAAGAGCAAGCUGCACAACGGCGCGGCGGCCAAACACGAGCGUGAAGACGCCGGCGACAAGGCUGAGCUAAAGAGCGGCGGCAAUGCCCGGACACAUGCCAGGAAACGCACCAGAUCACGCUCACGGUCCCCAAACACUUCUCCUAAGAGGAAAGACAGGCGGUCGCCCAAAAGCCGACCCCGGAGCAGCUCUCCCUCCCCCCACAAACCCGGAAAGCCCCGAAGAGUCCGACCCGACAACCUGACCUUAAACAAACCCGGCCACGAUGAGCGGCUUGCCCCCAAGAAGAACCAGGCAGAUAGCAGGAGGCCUAAAAGGCCCGUGGAAGAGCGCCACGUCGACUCCCUGCGCAUCAGUGACGGGGGGGCCAAGGACGGGAAGGAAGCGCACCGCUGGAGGAGCGGCUGGGAGAACAAGCACCUGAAGCUGGAGGAGUCGCACCCAAAGGCCGGACCCCAGAGGCACAAACCCUACGGGGGACCGGCCCGCCCCAGCACCCCGAGAACCCCCAAGCACCGCCUCAGCGUGGACGCCAACCUGCAAAUACCAGAAGUCCUGAACUCUGCCUCCAAGAAGGACCUGCUGAUGAGGGCCAGCAAGCGCGUGGAGAGCGGCGAGAUCUCUCAGGAGGACUUCCUGAGCAUGGCCCACCAGAUAAACCACUUGUUCCAGUACCAGGAGGAGAAGCAGCUGCGCUCCGACAGCUGGGGCGGGCCCGGGGAGUUACCCCCCAAGAAGCAGGCGGUCCUGACCACGCCUGGUUCCAUGCAGCCCCACUCCCACAUGGACCCGGCCGAGCUGUCUUACUUCAAGCACAAGUCCAAACUGAAGAGAACGCAGGUCAACCACGGAGCCGCCAACGAAGACUGGGAGAGCCAGGAUUCUCUGGAGGGGGGGGGUGAUCCGGGACCAGCCAGCAGCGCAGCCAUCCACCCCCCCUCACAUAAGUUCAGCCGACCCCCCAGAGACAGACAAGGGGAACGCCGGAGUAAAGAGAGGGAGGAGUCUCGGCCCCCCCUCGCCCCCAUGAUCGAGGAUUACAACCACGGCAAAGAGUUCCCCACCCUCAAGUCUCUCCCCGACCUUCGCUUCAGGAGGAGGGCCGACCCCCGAAAGUCCAGCGAGCGGGAGUGGACGUCCCCCCUGGAGCGGCAGCUGUACAAGGAGAAGAAGGGCGGCUACGACGCUCCCCGGCGCUACGAGCCCAGACACUCCGAACCCCGCCGGCCUGAAGGCCCCCCCCUCCCCGAGGCGCUGCCCCACAGAAACUGCCCGAGCCCGGGGGGGCUGGAAACGAUGGCACCGCAGUUCCGGCGUGAGCCGCUGUCCCCCCCGCGUCAGGGGAACGCCGCGGACAGUCCGGUGGCGCGUUUUGAGAGCCCCAACAGCGAGCACUCGGACGAUGGUCCCAUCAUUCUGGACCCCCACCUGCCCCCCCAGCACAUGCUGAAGGGGCCGGCUUUUCGGCCACAUGGUAACUCUCCAGGACACACACCCCCUCACGACGGAGGUCACCCCCCUCGAUACAGCGGCCCUGCCCACAUCGGCCCUGCCAGGCCACACCCCCCAGGCUGGACAGGAGGACACAUGGAAGAGCCUCACCAUCAGGGUCCGGGCAGGUUUGAUGGGGGGGGGCCGUCUCACCUGAUGGUUGACAUGACUGAGCCCCACCAAGGGCCCGGCAGGUUCGGGGCUCCCAUGGGCCAACAGCCGGGGCCGGGGAGGGGCCCGGGCCCCAUGGACGGGUCAGUGCAGCACUUUGACCCCCCCGGUCCCUUUGGCGGUCCCAUGGGCUUUCAGCAACAGCACCCCCCCCACUUUGAAGACCUGUCAAACCAGUUGAGACCCCCCCGGCUGGACAACCCUGUUUGUUUCGAUCACCCCGGCCAGCCCGUCCCCCGUUUCGACAUGCCCAAUGCUCCCGUGCAGGGAGGGGGGGCACACUACGAUUUUGUCCCCGGCCAGCAGGGGCCCCCCAGGUUUGGUCCCCAACAAAACCUGCAGCCUCUUGUGAGGCCGAUGGUCCCAGAUGUUUACAAUAACCCCAUGCCCCCCCAGCAGAACUUUGGCAUGGCCCCCCAGCCGUUCCAGGAGCCCAUGAACCCUCAGUUUGCCCCCGCACCAAUGGCAGCCGCAAACUUUAACCCGCAGUUUGGCCAGCCGGGCCCCGGGCCCUUCUACAACCCUCCAGCCCCCACCAUCAACAUGCAGCAGCCAGUGAUGGCGAACAUGAACCCCCCCUUCCUGCCUCAGAACCAGGGUCCGUUCGGGCAGCAGGCUCCUCAGGUGCCCUCCGCCGGGGAACACUUCGGUCAGGUCGACGUGGAGUCUCUUCUGAGCAAACUCAUCUCCACCGGCAUCAUCAAGCCGUCACAGCCGGACCCCGCCCUCCCCGUUAGCAGCGAGUCUCCUGCGGCCCCCGCACCUCCACCUGAGCCCGAGGAGGAGGAGGAACAGGAGGUGGAGGAGAACGACAUCCCGGACCUCACCGGCUUCAGCAUCGAGCCCAUGAAACAGCGGUAUGAGAGCGUGGUGACCAAGCUAUACACAGGGAACCAGUGCUGCCUGUGCAGCAUGCGCUUCACCACCGCGCAGACCGACAUGUACGCUGACCACCUGGACUGGCACUUCCGGCAGAACCACGCCGGCAAGCAGGCCAGCAAGAAGGUGACGCAUCGGCGCUGGUACUACAGCCUGACGGACUGGAUUGAGUUUGAGGAGAUCGCUGACCUGGAGGAGAGAGCCAAGAGCCAGUUCUUUGAGAAGGAGAACGAGGAGGAGGUGCAGAAGACCCAAGCAGCUGCCAAAGAGAAGGAGUUUCAGAGCGUAAGAGCCACCAAGGACCAGGUGGGAGAGUUGUGUGAGAUCUGUCAGGAACCCUUUGAGACCUACUGGGUGGAGGAAGAGGAGGACUGGUUCCUAAAAAACGCCAUUAAAGUAGACGAGAAGAACUUCCACCCGUCCUGCUUUGAAGACUACAAAAACACGUCGUCGUACUUGGAUGCCACGCCAUCACCCAGCAAGCUACUGACCGAGCACCCGCUGGGGGCUUUUAAGACGGACGAGGAGCCCACUUCCUGUGCGAUGGCGGUGGCGUCAGUGAAACAGGAAGUGGAGUCUCCACAGGAAGAGGAUUGUGAACCUCCUGGUUCUGAGGAGGCGGUGGGUGGAACUCCGGACGCUGCGCCGUCAGAGGAUCCGGCGUGACGUGCUGCUGCUCGCCUUUGUCCCGUGGGGGGGCGAAGGCCUUUUUACCACUUGAAUACGUUUUGGUAUUUGAUCGUGUGGCCGUUUCAGGGCCGCUGUUUCUGUGAAGAAAUGUUCCGUUUGCUCAAAGCUGUAAAUGAUUUAAUUUAUAAAUUAAAGUAUUUUUGGUACCUGUGGUCUAACGCUGGUUGAAUGCAGAGCGUCGGGUCGCUGCGCUUUCAGUCUCAGGUGUUGAAGGUAAGCAUCAUCUGAUUGGUGGCUGGAGACUGAGGUUUUUUUUUUUUUGCUUUGAUCUUUAAUAAACAAGUCUAAAACACGCUUGUGUGUGAUCAACUUCAGUUUGGUGUUCAGGUCCAACAUUAAAAAUAAAGUUCCUGUGGCUCAAA